AUGAAGGCACCAACUUACUCUUUGGCUGCCCUUUCGGGUUUGCUUGCCUUUACAAAGGCCACCCCUCUUCCCGCCGACCUCAAGCAAUGCCAGGGUCAAUGGUAUAGCCCAAGCAGCUAUACCUGCAGAACCGGAGCCGAUAGUAACGCCCUCUGCCCGGUCGUUAACGGCGAACCCAUGGACGAUUGUGCCGGCGCCUGCUACACAUCUUACCGCUACAGCUGUAACGGGACCAAUCUUGCAGAGAAUACGAGAAAGUCAAGCGGAACCUUCACGCUGACUGCCAGCAACCCUGAUCAGCCCUUCGAUGGCCAACCUAUCCAGGCAUCCGGCAACCACUUCUGGAUCGGAGGACAUGCCGCCACUUACUGCCCAUCAAAUGUCGGCAGCGUCUGCACUUCGUUUCCCGACGACACUACCCUGAUUGGCAAUGGCUAUAUGGCAACUGUGGUCCCAGGCGGACAGAACAUUUACUGGCAGAAGGAUGGAGCUCUAGCCUUCACUCAGGCUCACUCAUCGUCCCAGUGGAACUUGAGCUACUACGGCGGUGGUAUUGCCUACAAAGGCGCUGGUUAUUUCGGACCAAAUGGCGAAGACUUGGUUACUUGCCCAGUGGUUCCACCAGGCAGCAAUGACACAGCCUGGAAGCUCUUCGCACGCCUCGUAGGCGUCCAGUUCCCCAGAUCGUGUGUUGGAGUGUACGCCGUCGUGCACGACUCGAACCUCACGGCUGGUGCUUGGCAGUACACCUAA